UGGUCCGGCAGCUUCAACGACAUGACGGUGGCCACGCUGGAGGACUGGUCGUGGUCGAACGAGGUGGGCGAGUACCAGUGGUACAUCUACGGCACGGGCAACACCACCGACUACGUGGCCUUCGACGCCAGCUACGCCAACCCGGCCGACGGGUCGAGCACGCAGGGCGCCAAGAUCACGCUGACGUCCACCUCGUACUGGGAGGGCCAGACGAUGCGCCGCACGGAGCUGAUCCCGCAGGCCAGCGACACCAGCGCCAUCGACUCGGGCACGCUGUACUACCACUUCUCGCUCAUGCGCGAGGACACCAACGCGCCCUCGGUCGCUCGCGAGCACCAGAUCGCCUUCUUCGAGUCGCACUUCACCGAGCUGCAGUACGGCCUGUCCAGCGGCGCCAGCGGCGAGGGCGACACCACCCUGCGCUGGAUGGCCGACUCGGCCGAGCAGUGGAACGUCACCAUGGACGCCGGGGUGUGGCACAACUUUGCCUACGAGAUUGACUUCUCCGGCGGCACCGUCGGCCUGUGGCACUCUACUGGCGGCGACGACCUGACCAACGUCGUCACCCCCGUCUCCGCCUCUGCCAGCUCCAACGGCGCCGACUGGCACGUUGGUGUGCUCGAGCUGCCCGUCACUGGCGUCGCCGACACCACCGAGGACCUGUACUUCUCUGGCGUCUACAUCGAGAGCGGUGACAUCACCACCACUUUCUCUGGC